AUGACCGCAGAGGAGUACCAGAAAGCUACGGCUGCCUGGCCCGAGUUCAUCAGUGGCGGUCUUUCAGCACCCAAUUUGGCUGUGCUGCAGGACAAGUUGAACACCGCUGUCGGCACAUCAACUGGCAAAGCGUUUAACAUCACGGAAGUGACGAAUGCAGCUGGUCCCGCAACGACCACGCCGUGUCCAGACUGCGACACGACUACUACGUCCACUACCACUCCAAGCUAUGAGAUCGUCAGGGCGUUCUCGCUGUACGUCGACACACAGAAGACGAACAAUUUGAC